UGUGCGCGUCUGUGUGUGUCUGCGUGUGUGUGUCUGCGUGUGCGUGUGUGUGUCUGCGGACAGCAGCAGCUCACCUGACCGGCUGACAACCUGAAAGCACAACACCGAGGUCUGCCUCUGAAAAGUAGACGUCUCUCCCUCCAACUCCAUCCGACGGCGCCGGAGCGGAGAACGUGUCCCGACGAGCCUCCUCUUCUCCCCGGCUCCAUGGCCAUCGCCGCCCUCUUCCCCCUGGGAGGUAACCUUCAAAGCAGAGCGCUCGGCGCGAUGGACGACCAGCUGAGUGAUGGAGAUGGACAGAAUCAAAGGACAUGCUCCCUUCAUUGUGAUUAGAUGAAGGGGACACCGAACCCUCCUCCGGCAGCAAGGGGACGCUGCUGAAACAUUUUCAUGCUCUUCAGACUGGACAGAUGACGAAAACAAAGUAGUUCUUUGGAGAACACAGAUCAGAUCUGUUCAGUGUGUGUGCCACACUCGCACACGCGCUGACGGCCUUUCACCGUGAUGCUUGUUAUGAGUUGUCCAGCCAAUGAGCCAGAGAGCUGCAGCAGUGAGGGGAGCAGCUGCACCACCUCCGACCCGUCCUCCAUGUCCGAACACACUCACUCCACUCCACCUUCCCCGAGCGACACCCCCGACACCUCCAAGCAUGGAGCUCCCCCUCCACCUCCCCUGCCGCCCCCUCCUCCCCCGCCCCCGGCGACCACGUCCGGCAAUCACAAUGCCAGGAAGAAGCGCCGCGUGCGCAGCUUCUUCUGGAAAACCAUCCCAGAGGAGAAGGUGCGCGCGAAGCCCAACAUCUGGACGCUGGCAGUGCGACAGCAGCAGUACCAGAUCGAUGUCCGCACCGUGGAGGAGCUGUUCGGGCAGCAGGAGGAGGCGGUGAUGGGCGUACGGGGGGGGGCGCCGACCACCGGAACAUCAGCCCGUGUGUCCCGAUCCCGCUCGUUCAAGGAGAGCAGCAAGGAUGAGAUCAGCAUUCUUGACUCCAAGAGGGGGAUGAACGUGGGCAUCUUCCUGAAGCAGUUCAAGAAGUCCAACCGCUCCAUUGUUGAAGACAUACGACGAGGAGAAGGGAAGGUUUACGGAGCGGAGCUGCUCAAAGACCUGCUGAAGCUCCUUCCCGACGCAGAGGAGAUCAAGAAGCUGCAGAUGUUUAAAGGCGACCCAGACAAGCUGACACUGGUCGAUUCCUUUAUGUACCUCUUGAUCCAGGUGCCACGGUUUGAGAUUCGGAUCGAGGCCAUAGUCCUCCGCGAAGAGUUCUCCCCUUCCUGUGCCGUGAUGAGCCACGAGAUCGAUGUCGUCCGCGUCGCCACUAAAGAGUUGAUGAGCUGCGAGGAGCUUCAUGCCAUCCUGCAUCUGGUGCUGCAGGCGGGGAACAUCAUGAACGCUGGUGGAUACGCAGGGAACGCGGUGGGAUUCAAGCUGUCCUCCCUCCUCUCAUUGGCCGACACCAAGGCCAACAAGCCGGGGAUGAACCUGCUGCACUUUGUAGCCAUGGAAGCGAAGAAAAAAGACGAGAAGCUGCUCAAGUUUCCAGAGAAACUUCAGGAUGUUCAGAGUGCGGCAAGAAUCUCGGUGGAGAACAUCGAGGUGGAGUUUUCCUCCCUCUAUGUUCGGAGUAAAUCCCUGGAGGAAAAGGUUCAAGGGGAUGAGGAGCUACUGCAGCAGCUGGAGCCCUUUCUGCAGAGUUCAGCACAGACCCUGCAGGACCUGAAGAGACGCAGGCUGGAGCUGCGCAGGGAGGGAAACACUCUCAUCGACUUCUUUUGCGAAGACAAGGACACGUUCAAGCUGGACGAGUGCUUCCGCAUCUUUCAGGACUUCUGCACUAAGUUCAGGAAAGCUGUGAAGGACAACUUGGAUCGCGAGGUGAAGGAAGCGGCCAGACAGCGUCGCCUACGAGAGCUGGAGGAGAAGCGCCUCGCGUGGUCGGGCGCGGAUCAGAGCGGCGGAUUCGGCCGCAGCAGCAGCGAGAACGACGUGGAGAUGCUCACCAAGGAAGGCCUCCUGGACUUCUUCCAGCAGAGGUCGCAGAGUCCGCACAGCCCGCUGGGACGCUCCGCCAGCGCCCGUCGCCACCGCCACACCAUUACCUCCGUAGCGGACCGCGAGCUCCAGGGAUACCUGGAGCUGUUCGGAGGCCCCGGGAGUCCCGCCGACUGCUCCAAGUUCAACAGCCUGCCUCGGCCGGGCCGCACCGUGCAGCGCGGGACGACCCCGUGGAUCUUAGCCCAGGACGGCAACCGCGAGCUCGGCGGCGACAGGGCGGCGACGUCGCCGUGUGCAGACGCUGAACCAAUCAGCCCGCUGGCCAGGUUUACCUCUUCUGGGUUGAAUGAUGGCGAGGACCCGUACGACAGCAGCGGCAGCGUUUACUCGCCCGUGUCGGAGAGCGGCGCUCUGCCUCGUUCCCUCUGUGUCUUUCAGAAGCCUGCUCUUCUUCCCAACCCGGCGAUUACCGGCCACAUGAAUGUCAGUGUGGUGAAGCACACGUUGGCCCGAGGUCCUCAAGCGUUUGAUCUACCGAGUCCAAACAACAACAGCAGUCACAGGCACUUUGUCAACCAGGGGGACGUCGUGGUGACAGAUUUGGAAACGGAGACACAGUUACCUCCCAGGCAUCUGGACAACUUUCCUGGUGAUAAACUUUUAGAAAGAGGAGCGGGGCCCAAGGAAGCGUGGGAGGAUAAAGUGGAUCCGUCCACACAGGCGGGGUCCUCUUCUGAAAGAGAGGACAGCAGCACGGUAUCGUCGACGACCUGUGAUACACCCCUUCCACUCGAUACCUCAGCGUCCAAUAAGAAGCCAGUGUUUUACAUCGUGGACAGCACAGAAACCGACUGCUCCGUCAUCUUGGAUUACUCUGAGGCUGAAAGCUCGUGUCUGACAAAAGAGGGGCCUCACUUCAGGACGACAGACUACGGCGAAGAUCCGGAGAGGCGACGAGAUCCAAGCUCUCUGUCCCCUAAUUUAGAAUCCAUGUCUCCCCACGACCGGUCCACUUCGACCAAUGAGCUUUCUGCGGCGAAAUCUGUGGACGCAACGUCGAUGACUGCGACUGCAGAGGAGUGGGACACGGAGGAGAGCUGGGACACCGCCGAGGGGCGGCGACAGGGUGCAGGGGUGGAUGCGCAGAGGAGCAGCAGAAAACCAGUGCACGCAAAGAGUAAAGCUAACAAAGCGGCUAAGCUCGUCGGAGGUCGAGGCGCGCGAGCGCUGACCAGCAGCGAGAGCCGGGGCAUGCGGAAAGUUGUUCCUAUAAGCAAGCCCACGAGGACGAGUAGCAGCAAGUGCGCGGAGAGAUCUCCGGUGAACGAGAGUGCGGAGUCGUGCCGUCCUCUCAGAGAUCAGAGCACACCGGCGAGAGGACGGAGCGAGAAGACCGCGAGACCUCCUCGACACUCCAGUUUGCCGCCCGAUGAGUUAAAAGCGCAGAGGGGAAGUAGCCUCCUGGGCGGCAUUUCAAGGUGGGCACGUGAUUCGAUGCCGAGGAAGGCCUCCGUCCACAAGCCGGACGCCAAACCGCUGAGAAACAUCCCCAAGCCCGCUCCCGAGGAGAAAAUGUGCCGCUCCACCAUGAGAGCCUUGGCCCAGGCCCAGGCCCAGGGUCAGGCUCAGGGUCAGGGUCAGGCUCAGGGUCAGGGUCAGGGUCAGGGCCAGGCUCAGGGUCAGGGUCAGGGUCAAGGUCAGGCUCAGGGUCAGGGGCAGGGUCGAGCUUCCUCUGAGAACAGCAGCUCACACGCUCUCGGCGCGAAAAACACCUCGGGCGUCCCCGGCUUCGCCCGCAACACCGUGGCCUCGUCCUGCAGGACCAAGAAGGAGCUGGGGCCCCCGUCCGUCCCGUCCACCCCGUCCCGCAGCCCCUCGCUCCAGGGCCGACAGCCCUCCGUGAAGCAGAACAAGUCGCCGCCCGCAGCGGCUCACACCAGCGCGGAGCAGCCGCGCGGCACUAACCCGCGGCGGGUGCAAAGCGUGAAGGCCGCCAGCCUGAGCGCCCACCGCAGCGAGACCCCGCCUCCGACACGCGAGGACAUUCGUAAGACCGGUAGCUUUUCCGAGAAGUCGACGAUGAGGCCCAGCAGAAGCGCUAAACCGAGCUGGAAAUAAAAACACACUGGAGUGGAACCUCACUCCUCUACUGACGUCUCCUCUCAUACGGUGCAAAAGACAAGAAAACUGAAAAAAACACAUCAUAUAUAAACUCUCUCACCUCGUAGCUUCGUACCGGGCGCGAUAUUCAGAUUGCAAAAGAGCAAGAUGCAAUGAACUUCUCCACAUGUUCCGUUCUGAUCGUACGGAGGAGAAAAAAGAAGCUAUUGUUCACGACUUAGGUUUUUUUCUUAGUUUAGUUUAUCAAGUAAACUGACAAAUGGCAAAUUGGUGUUUUCCACACCGGUGCGUCUCUGCCUGCUUAGCGGUCUGUGUGCUGUUUGUGUGCGGAUGUUGAUGUUGAACUCUACCGUCUCAUAUGAUGCUGCUAAUUGAGCUCCGACAAUUUGAAACGGACCCUCCGGUGUCUCUUUGAUUCAGGGUGACAAGAUUUUGUUGUACUUUACCUCGCUGCUCUUACUGUCUCGUCUCUCUUUCAUCUGCUUUUUGGUUCCUUUGCUCGAUACCUCAGAAAAGACUUGUUUGCAGUGGUUCUUGUACCAGCAGGCAAUGUAGAAAUACAUUCCUUGGUUCCGCAUGAUGAAGAUGUGGACAAAACCGGAUCAUUUGGUUAAGAAUAACCGAAAUGUCCCUUUUACAAAUCCCCUGGUAUAUUAAUAUUACAACAAUACAUAUAUAUAUAUACAGUAUAUCUAUAUAUAAAGUCACAGAUUAUAUGCCCACAGUGUGAACCAGCUGUUGUGCUCCUCGUUCCUUGUGUAUGUAUGUGUCCGUAGAUUGUAAAUGUCAUAGAACUCCUCCGUAAUAUCAUGGAGCAGACGUACACGUAGGAAAAUGCUUCCUAUGUACUGUAGGCUAACACACGAUCGACGCUAGUGCUUUGAAAGAAAAGCAUUGAAUGCAUCCGAAACAACCAGAGUCGUCAAGUCAUGUGAUCUAAUGUGAAUGUCGUCUCGUCAUGUUUUCUUGUUUCCUGAUGAGGUUAAAUUGCAACAACAGCUCAGACGGGUCACAACGUAGCUCGGCAUCGGUUUAGUGUCUCUUAUGUCAUCACACACACAGUCAGUCGUCCACUUUUCUGAAAAAUAAAACUCCACCGCUGCUGCUCUUAAGGUAUUUUAAGAAUCAUCAAAAAAAAAAACGCUCCGACCAUGUGGAAGAAAAUCGAUUUCAUUCUUAUAAGUCAGUUGUGACCAUAUUUUCAUAAUAAUAUGCAUUUUUUAGAGUCUAAAACAAAAAAUCUAAAACCUUGUCACUUAUAUUUGUCCAUAUAUUUAUGUUUUUACAUAUUUCCAUACAAAAAUAUUGUCUUUGUAUUUUUCUUUUGUUCUACAAAAAGAGCGAGACGUCAUUACCAGCUACCUGGAUGGAAAAUACAGUUGCAUCGUGAGAAAUGACGCAACUGCAUUUUCAUCCACAUGGUUGCAAGAGUUUUUCAGGAUCCUGCAAGAAAAGAAAAAAAAACCUUCCAAGGUCACUAGUUAUUUAUCUUUCAGGAAAUCAGACUCGCACGUGAUGCUGACACAUUAAAAGGCACAGAACCGGCCCCGUUGACCAUUUCACACCACUUGCCUUUUCAACCUGCAACGUGCCAUUGCCUCGAUGGCAGCAACAUUCACGACAACAUUGCCUUAAAGCUUAAUGUAGCCGACCCGUCCCCAGUAGACACCUCCUUGAUUGUAAAAAAAAAAAGGAAGGAGAGUAGAGACUUUUCCUACACGGUCCCAUCACAUCGAGCUGAAAACGGUGACUCCGCUGGUUAGUGAUUCACUCUGUAAAUAAUGUAAAGACAUAGUAUUUUUCUGACUAUCAACAUGUUUACACAGCAUAAAAAAAAGAUUAGAUAUUUUAAAAAAUGGCCGUGGUAGCGUCUGUCACUUCCGUCAGAUUUGAGUGUGAGGCCUCCUGACCUGCUGUUGGUGUCUUCCUGUUCCUUGACUUCUGCAAAUGAAGUGGAAGCAGCGAUAACACACACACACACACACGUGAGAAAUAGAAACAGACACAGGUUUUAAUUGUGGGGAAUCAGCUCCUCCGUCAUUAGGAUCAUUCACUGGUCCGUCUCGUGUCCUCGGCCUCCUCCUCCUUUGUGCCUCUGACUCUUUAACAGCCCCGAGCGUCGCAAUGGCCCCCUGCCCUUUUUACGUUAUAACACACCGGUGGAAUUUGAAUACGUACUUUCCCUUUUACAGGAAAACCUCCUUGUUAACGCGUGGUUACCGGGGGUAACAGUACAAACAUCAAUUACCAAAUACUGACCGUGGCCCUUGUGAAAGCAAAAGGGUCGGUGUUGUCCACUUAAAGAGUGAGUUCUUAAAGCAUAUUUACCACAUCAGUGGUUUGUUGGUUCUAUUGGGAAAUAAAAGCACAUCAUCCUUUGAUGAAAGUUCCCUCAAAUUUGUCUUUCACCAAAUUAAUAUUUGGUCUUGUUUUGGCAUUAAUCUCCCCUCGUACCGUCUUCUGUACACUGGACAGGUGAUUUAUUCUCGUCUGUUCUGAUUCUUUACGACGAGGACGUUGACGUGUCUGCUGUUGCUUCCACGCCGCUGCUCUGCCCCCAUGUCGUCUGAAACAGGCCAGUGAUGGUAAAAUAACUGAACCACUGAUCACUACGUCGAGAGGCAAAUGGUCAAACUCUGAUCACCAGACAAACGGGUCUGCAAGUCGUGAUGUUUUACUCCAUUGCAGUUUAUAUCUCUGAUGACAGUAAAGGAAAUAAAUAAAAUCAUGUGUUGCUGUGUAAAAAUGAAAA